AACAUUUAACAAACGCCAGAUAACUUUAUCUGUACAUUAACCGCUAAUAGGUAUAAUAUUAUUAUAUUAUCAACAUCCGGUAGACAGCGGUACGAAAUCGUGUAACGAUUCGUUUUAAUUUUUAAUUCAUCAAAUGUAUUUAUUACAUUUUUUUUUCAAUCGUACGUUUACAAAUUGAAUUAAAAAAAAAAAGAAAAUACAAUUCUCGUUAUUUCACCGUUAGUUUACUAUCCUCAUGCGAUUCCAAAAAGAUUUCCCAGGGACGUAUUCUCCCUUCUUCGUUUUGUCGGUCGGGAAACUCUACUAAAUAUAAUUGUCGGAAUUGCGUGUACUCGCCACAGCCGACGAACAACUCACUGGUCCACUCGACCCCUUCCUACCCACCUGUCCACGGUUCAAGCACGUUGCCUAUAGUUGUGACGACGACGACGACGCGCGCAUCGGAACGUGACACAGUUACUCGCGUCGUUUCGUUUCCGCCGCGUCGUUAUUCCUGAACCGGGUUCGACAGCGCACGAAAAGGGUUAGUUCGUCGGCAGCGAUCGAGGAGGAGGAGCAGAAGAACAAGACGGAUAAUAACGAACGGAAAAACACGAAUUCCGCAAUCAUCUUCGCACCCGAUGGUGGAAACGUGCGCGGCGCAACCGUCGCCGUGAAGUCUGUGUUCUCAUCCAGUCGACAAUGGCCCGAAGACAUUUGAUGGUGGUGCUCGCGAUCGCCGCGACGAUCGUCCAACUGUCGGGCUCGUCCAUCAACGGCGUCGAACUCGUCGGACCUCACGUGUGCACCACCGUGCAGGUUCUAACAGAAAAGACUACAGUUGUGGAGUACGAAAUUGAUACGAAAAAAACCUCAUAUUUUUGUCUUAGAAAUUGGAAUUUUAAAUGUUAUUAUGUAUCAGACCGUGCAAUUCCAGUAAAUAAAGAAAGAUUGUUAGAAGAAUCUCAAAAGCUGAGAAAAUGUUGCGACGGCUACGAGCCGACACCGGACGGUAAACGCUGCCGGGCGGUGUGUUCAUUUCCAUGCAUAUGGGGGGAAUGCGUCUCACCAGAAGUGUGCAAGUGCCAUUCGUAUUACGAGGGAAAGUACUGCAACAUCAGUAAAUUGAAACGUAAGUGUCCACCUGGAAAAUACGGAAUUGAUUGUUCAGAGAACUGUCACUGUCAAAACGGGGUCUGUGAUCCACUCGAAGGUAACUGUUUCUGUGCACCGGGAUUCAUUGGAAGAUCAUGCAAUAUAUUAUGUCCACCAGACUUAUACGGUCAAAAGUGCCAAAACAAAUGCAACUGUCAAAAUAAUGAAAUGUGCGAUCCCAUUAACGGAAGUUGCUUAGUCAUGACUAGAAAUAGAUUUCACGAAGUUCGCACUGUUAAACCUUAUUGUUUAGCCGGAUUUUAUGGUAUUAACUGUGAAAAAGUAUGUGCUUGUGAAAAUGGCGGUGUAUGCGAUCCGGAAAGUGGAACUUGUUUUUGUCAACCAGGAUUCACCGGAGUAAAUUGCGAGUUGUACUGUCCAACGGGUUAUUAUGGCUAUAAAUGUCAAAAUACAUGCAAAUGUCAAAAUAAUGCAGCAUGCGACCCAGUAAAUGGCAUGUGCUUUUGUCAACCUGGAUUUUUUGGACAAUAUUGCUCGUAUCCUUGUCCAACAGGAUUUUAUGGUUAUCAUUGUUUUUAUAAAUGUAACUGUAAAGACGGUACCGUAUGCAACUCAGUAAAUGGAUCAUGUGAAUGUCCGGAAGGAGUUGACAAUGUAAAAAACUGCACCCAGAAUGUAGUCAUAAAUAAUUCGACAACAUAUUUGGAAAAUCCUGCGAAAAACUGCAAUUGUAAUUGGUACAAAGCCUACUCCUGCGAUCCGUCAACUGGCAAAUGCAAAUGCAAACAUACUAUCGGAGAUGAAUGUUAUUGCAAACCUGGUUACACCGGAUACGACUGUAAGACCGCUUGUCCACGGAACACGUAUGGCAUUAAUUGCAAAUACACCUGUAGAUGUCGAAACGGGGCUUACUGCCGUCAAUCGGACGGCGUUUGCUUGUGCAAAAGAGGAUUUUACGGGACUUUAUGUAUGAGAGCUUGUCCUCAUAACUACUACGGAGAUAUGUGUUUGAACAAGUGCAACUGCAAUAAGACCAUAGAAAUUUGUGAUCCUAUACAUGGAUGUAUCUUCAACGCUAAUAUCACAAGAAUCACUGGGCUUCAGUUGAAAACGAACAACGAGCAGAAAAUUUGGAUUUUCAAAAUAUCGUUUAUUUUAGACGUUUUAACGUUGUCGAUAGUAAUUAUAUUGCUGUUGUUCUUAGGACUUCCGAGCUACUACUUUUACUUAAACCGUCAUUCAAUGCAAGUGCUAGUGGAAGAACCCGAGGACCAGGCGAAGAAAUACGGUUUCUACCAGUCGCGAGACCCCAUCGUCUUGGGCGCGGGCCGAAACGCUGACAUCGCGGUGAUCAGCGACCAGACGAGCGGCGUCCGACCGUGGGACCCGAAGCAGCCGUUCGCGAAAGAUUUGAUCCACGCGGAGUACGGGCAUCGCGAACGGUUCGAUUCUUACGGUACCGGCGGCGAGAACUUGUACUUGGAGAUCGACGAGAGCGUUGUGGAACGCGCCGCGGAAGAAUCGUACGAUCAUCUCGAUUUCCUACGGCCCACGGGAUCUUGGAAACCGCAUUAUCAGUGCACAUUAUUGCAAAAAAACAGUACUAGCAGUAGCUGUAAUAACCGAUCGAAGAACACGGAAAAAAACAAAUAAUUCCACGGUUAUUGUUAAUUUAAUAAUACUACAUUCAUAUUGUAAUACAUCAUUAAUGUAAUUAUUUUAUUAUGUUAUUUUUAUUAUUAACGGAAAAUGUUAUACUAGACGCAUCAUGAUUGUUUUCAAUUUAAACUAAUAAUUAUGAUUCAUGUACAACAAUAAAAUUAUACAGCACAGCAAAAGAUAAAAGAGUAAUUGCUCAUCUUCUACCACUUCUAAACUAAAUUUUCAAUGCCGAAUAUUGCGUACACAUGCUUUUCAAAGUACUAAAGUAUUUUACAGAAGUCGAUGGGUUAAAAAAAAAAUAAUUGUAAAAGAACUAUAAAUGUUAGAUUACUAUUAUUAAUUAAUGAAUGGAAUAUUUUUCUGUUUUAAAGACCAUUAUUAUUUGACCUAUUGUAAGUCACAGAGUACAAUGUAUUGUUACAACCGUUACGACUUAAAUCUUGCUCGUUAUAUCCAUAAUAUUAGUCAUUUUGAUAAAUACAUUUAAUAAUAAUUUCAUUAAGAUGACAGUAUAGUCUUAUAAAUCGAAAACGGGUUUGUAAAGGAAUGAUGAAAUUAUA